AUGGAGCAUCGGGCGAAGAUCGGACCACGAUCGUCUGAGUGCCGACUGCUCGGGUACUACGAACCUAAUCAGUAUAAGCUUUAUAAAGUACACUCUGGAAGGACUAUCUUUUCCCGUGAUGUCGAGUUCGAUAAAAGGACCCCUAUGGUGCCACUUAUCCAGGGGGAAAUAGGUAACGACCUCCCGGACAACGCUCCUCUAUUACCUAUCUUUCCUGAACUAAUGCUACCUCUAUCUGGUGGGCUACCUACGCCGCCGCCAUCUCCUGAUAAACUAGAGAACGCUACUCCUUAUAAGCGAGUUAAUAACGUGCCGUCUGAUUCUGAACCGGUUGAUGUUCCCUUACUAGUUAAUCUAAUCCAGCACGAAACAGAGGCCACACAGGACCUUGGUUAUUCUUUAUAUAGCCGAAGACGAAGACCUUCUAGGCGUCUCUUAGAGUCUCUAGGUAAGGUGUAUACGAUAGGGACAUCGAAUGUAACUAUCGUAAAAGACGUGGAUCCUCUAACCUUCCACGAAGCUGUGUUAGGACCUAAUUAG